UUAAUUACAUUUUUGAAAAUACAGUUCAGCUUCCGUGUUGUUCAUGCUGGCUUUUAACAAAAUAUGUCUCAUCUGGGCUUUUCCAACUUGGAAAGUAAAAACAGCUGCGGUGAAAAGGAGUUCUAGUCCAGCGUAGUUUUUAAUGUGAACAUCAUACACCAGACUUUUUUUCCCAAUGAAUUUAACACACCCACAGAUAAUCACGCGUAGUUAUUGCCGCAGGGAGGUGCUGACGAGCAGGGUGAAAAGGAUGUUGUGGCAGUACUGUGAGUUCGAGUUUGAUUGGUCGCUUGUGCGUAAAACACUCCGUCCCUCUUUAAACUGCGGUCAGGUUUGGUACAGCCUCUCCUACAGCUGUGUGUUUCUGGCAACUGGAUGUAGGAGCCUCUCUUCUUUAAACUGGGGCUCAAAAUUGGAAUGGUAAACACUAGCUGGGUUCUUUAUUGUGCGUAAAGAGCUCCACAUCAUGUCCAACAAUGUGUUGAUUAAAACCCUAGAGGGCCUGUGCCUGGAUUCAGGUUAUAUGGCGGGGGAGAACUGCCCGUCACUCAGCCUGUCCUCGGGCAGGUCGGGGCACUCGCAGCCAAAUUUGAACACACCUCACCGGGGUCCUUGCUGGCAGCACACCGGCUCCCUGUACAGCAGAAACGGUAGCUGGGACACUGUGAGCACACUGCCGGAGGACGUGAUAGAUAUCCUAACGAAAUGUCCCUUUCUGCCCGAGCUGGAGGAGUAUCCCUGGAUCGAACAGGAGCUGCUGGAAGUUGUGCGUAAAGUUGCCCGCACGCGUGCGUCAUACACGAGGGAAGCGGUCCACCGGCUCUCUGUCCUGCUCCGGAGAGCUUUGGUGCGCAUCUCCCGGGAGGCUCAGCGGCUGAGUGAGCUGCACAGGCGGUGCACACGGCUGGAAGUGCAGAGCGCAGUGAGGCUGGUGUUGAGUUGGGGUCUCGCAGAGAAGUGCAUCUCAUCUGGUGUGAAGGCGGUGUCCCUGUACUGCAUAAACUCGGGCAACACCGCGCGUCAGCGCGGCAAGUCCUCGCGCUGCGGCCUCACGCUCUCCGUGGGCCGUUUCUUUAGGUGGAUGGUGGAGACGCGGGUGUCGGUUCGUGUGCACGAGUACGCUGCAGUGUGCCUAACAGCCUGUGUCGAAACUUUGGCAGAGGAAGUGGCAGGACGUGGGCUGCAGGCGGCGAGGCUGACCGCGGAAGAGGAGGGAGGGCAGAUCGACGGGGUCAUCUGCGGUCCGGUGACCACCGAGCUGCUAGAUGGAGCUGUGAGCAACGACGCAGAGCUGUGGGGGCUGCUGCAGGUCUACGAGCAUCUCAUAUGUGGCAAAAAUGCCAGUGGUGAGCUGUCACUCCCAGCCCACAUCAGCCCAUACACAGAGAGCAGGGAAGAUGCCUACAUCCAGCUGGAGCUGCGGAUGUUGGAGCAGGCGCUCCUUGCCACCUGCGUUGGCAGCAUUGGAGAGCUGAGUGAUCUGGUGUGUCGAGCAAUGCACCACAUGCAGCGUCUAAGAAGCUCGAGUCCCUCCAUCAGCCACUCUUCUUCAGCCAAUCAAAUGCCAGUAUCCUGGGCUCCAGAUGCCCUCCGCACACUCUACUACUUCCUGUCUAGCCCACAGAUGGAAUCACUGGAGAAUCCCAACCUUGACCCUCCAACCAUGACACUGAGCAGAGAGAGGCCAUUCUUGCUCCUCCCUCCUCUCAUGGAGUGGAUCCGUGUUGCCGUGGUGCACGCUGAACAUCGCCGUAGCCUAUUGGUUGAUAGUGAUGAUGUCAGACAGGCGGCCAGACAGCUUUUGCCAGGACUAGACUGUGAGCCCAGGCAGCUGAGGCCAGAGUGCUGUUUCCAGUUGUUUAAAUGUCUGGAUGCAGAAGCUGCUUCGGAUAAAUUCCAGUUGGAUUUAGGAUUCAGGAUGCUCUCGUGUGGCCGAGCAGACCUGCUCCACCACGCUGCCCGGCUUCUAGGAGCUGAAGGUGUCAACACUAUAGACGAUCAGGGAAUGAGCCCUCUAAUGUACGCCUCAGCAGCAGGAGAUGAGGCACUAGUGCAGAUGCUCAUUGAAGCCGGAGCUCACCUGGACAUGCAGGUCCCUGGCAGCUCUGCCAGACAUCCGUCUGUUUACCCAGGCAGUCGGCACUGGGUGGCCUUAACAUUUGCUGUGCUUCACAGUCACCUGUCCGUGGCUCAGCUGCUUUUGGAGGCCGGUGCAGACGUGGAGGGUGGAGCCUUGCUGGACAGUCAGGAGAGCUCAGCUGAGACACCACUACAGCUAGCUGCUGCAGCAGGUUACUACGACAUGGUUAGCCUGCUGCUCGCUCACGGAGCAGACCCUCUGAUCAAAGUGCAUCAUGGGAAUUCACCGCUGUAUGAAGACAUGAACUGCUUUAGCUAUGCAGCAGCACAUGGGCACAGAAACAUCCUCAGGAGGCUUCUGCAGCAGCCACAGCACAGGAAGGAGGACAUCCUCUCUCUGGAAGAGAUCCUGGCUGAAGGAGUGGAGGAUGAGGAGGAAGAGGAACUAAAAUUUUCAACACAGCCUCUAGCUCCUGACUCCCCAAGCAUUAUUCCGAGUUUGUGUAAGAACAGGAUGAAGGCCCUGCAGCAGGCAGCCUACUACAGCGCGGAGCACGGCUACCUGGACGUCACCAUGGAGCUCAGAGACAUGGGUGUCCCCUGGAGGCUGCACAUCUGGUUAGAGUCUCUGCUCAGAGCCCAACAGCUGUGUAGGGACGAUGUCAUCAUUUCCCUCCUCACAGAGUUCACCUCUAUCAGGACGGAGGACUACAGCCCCGGGCUUCUCUCCACGGGCAUCCCGCUCAUGUUCAGCAUGUUGGAGACCACCAAGGACUACGUGGUAACAAAGCGUCUGGCGACUGUCUUUUCUCUCUGCUACGGCUCGUCUCCCGUUCCUCCGGUCCCACCUUUGGACGUCACUCUGUCCACACAGCUGGAUAUUCAUUUUCUGAACAACAAAGAGAUGUCAGAUGUGACAUUCAUGGUGGACGGGCGCCCAUUCUUUGCACACCGAGUGCUGCUGAUGUCUGCGUCAGACAGGUUUCGCCAGCUGCUCGCAGAUUCCCCCGAUAACAUCGUCCACAUCAAUCACAUGACCUACGGCACCUUCCAGAUGAUGAUGAAGUCUCUGUACUGUGGAGGAACUGAGGGGCUGUCUGUGUCUCCCUCUGAAGCCUUGAAGCUGUUGCCAGUGGCCACUUUCUACCAGCUCCGAGGUCUGCAAAGACGCUGUGAAAUGUCACUGUCGCAAAGCCUUACUCUGGACAAUACUGUCAGCAUAUACAAGGCUGCUAAGCACCAUGGAGGAGCUGAACUCUGCAGGUUUUGUGAAGGAUUCUUCCUGCAGAACAUGGAUCAGCUCCUGGACAGGGAGGACUUCCACAGCCUGCUGCUAGGAGGUCUCAGUCAAGAGCUGCUAUACCCAGGCCUGGGCACCCGGUCUGGACUCGUCCAAGAUCAGGAUCUACUGGUCCUCCUAAGGGACCUGGAGAAUGUACUUAUCCAGAGACUUUAUAUCCUCCACUCUGCAUGUCGAGAGUAGAAAUGGUGGAAAUGUUGACUGUGUUCGACCACACUCGUAUGUGUACCUGGGAAUAGAAGCCAUACUGUAUAUAGUGUAGAGACACAUUUUAGUGUAGAAGAAUCCCAGUAUCGAUGAUCUUAAUUAACAGCUCUUAACUGGUUGAAGGUUUUCCUGUUACUCUGGAUUUGACUCUGAUGUUGGUCAGAAAAAAGGAUCAAUGUCACGUUUGGCUCUAGUUAGCUGUGAUGAGUAAACGAUCAUUUCUUCAUUUAAUUUUCUGAGUUUUCACUCGGAGGAUGUGUGUUUAAUAAAGACAUUAUCUCAGACCACCUGUUAAAGCUGGUGAUUUAACGUGUUAGCAUUACUUUACAUUAUUUUAGCCCAUAUUUGGGAAGCACGCCAACACCAAAAAAGAAUAAUGAGAAAUAUCAGUACUCAUUUAAAAUGCAACCUUAGGAAAACAUUUUCUACUCUGACUUACUGUCCAUGAAACGGCUAAAUGGUUUGAUGACAUUUAAAUAAAGAUUUAUGGUCUGGGGAAAUAUAAGGAAACUCAGUUUGAAACCAUCAUAGAUGAUAGCACUGCUGUCUCAGAAUUGACUGGUUAAUUGUUUGGUCCAUAUAUUGUUAACAGGACAGACUGUCUGGGAAUAUUAAGGUGUUACCAUUGAUAAGGUGAAAGGUGCUACAUCAAUAGGCUUUCAAAACAGAUUCAUUUGUUGAAAGUGGGAGAAAAAGACUGCCUGUAAAGAAUACCACCAAUGAGCCUGAGUGACUGCGAGCUUCAUUUAUGGCUACAUUUACAGAACAUCUUAUUAGUGUAGCUAAUCCAAGAUGGAAUCCAAGAUGGCGCCAGUGUGUACGCCAGGCCGUCUUAGUCUCCCCAAGCUCUGAGUACUGCUUGCCGUUUUGCUUUAUGUAUGCUUCCCGGCUGUUUUUGCACUAAUUGCCUAUGAUCGUCAAACUCUUUUGAAUCUUCGACCAUUGAACCAUCAAACACCAGACGUACACUGGGAACCAGGGACUUUCCCCCCGCUUUCGACGGAUAUUCUUCCCACGCCACCUGUCUUUUGCCCCCCUACAGAAAAAACAACUUAGGAGACAGGGUAAACGGAGCGGUAUCCGUGAACGCAUCAAGGCCUACCUAAAGUCACACGAAAUGAUUAACCACUAUGUUAUCUUGGAUAUUUUAUGUUCCUCCCCAUCCUUCCAGGACUGGUCUACCUUUAGGCUGAUUCGCCAUGUCAGCCAGCAUGCCCACUCGGUCUACCUGCUUGGUGUUGGAUGCAGACCUCCAGAGGUGGCGUGAAGCACAGCAAUCUUCGCCGGUUGAGGCGCACUCCUAGAAGUGAUAAUGUGACUACGAUCCGGAUGGCACUGCUCAACACCAGCUUAUUAAAGAACAAGUCCUUAAUCCUAAAUGACUUUUUUCUCUCAUCAAGGUGAGAUUUCUUGUUCCUGACGGAGACUUGGGUACGCCCCGGUGAGUCCUUUUCCUUUUUGGAACUUCUUCCCCCAAACUGUGCCUUUCUGAGCUGUCCUAGGACCUCGGGUAGAGGUGGAGGGCUAGCCUCGGUCUUUAAAAACAAAUUUUGAGUACGGCAAUUGCCUCCUGCCAUGUACUCCAAGGCCACACACUUGAUCUGGUAUUGUCAUAUGGUCUGGACAUGCACAUUACGGAUAUAAGCGACGCUCGGAUCUCGGACCACUUCCCAGUCAUGUUUGAUAUUGAACUUUGUAAUGUGGAAUUGAAUUGUGCCAAGUGUGCACGAUUAAUCCUGAGAUUACCAGCUUCUCUGUGGC